AUUCUCCAAAACAUCUCUUAUCUGUCUCUAUAUCAACCUCACAUCACUCUCCCCCUAUUCCUCAUAAUAACAUCUCUCUCCUCUACCUCCUCCUCUCACCCAUUUCUUUCUUCAUUAUAACCCUAUUUUCCUCUCUUGGUCACUCAAUUCGCACACAGACACAUUGCUAGCCAGCUAGAGCCAUGGCUCUCCCGCGUUUCGCGCUCUUGCUAACCAUAUUGUCACUCACCCUCAUAGCAUCCUCCAUUAAUGCUCAAUUAGCUCCAUCUCCUGCGCCCACGGGCUCCAUCUCCCAGCCCCCAACCACCAUGACUACUCCCCCACCAACAACCAUGGCCACCCCGCCACCAAGUGCUGCAACUCCUCCUCCAACCUCGCCCACAGGCGCCCCAGCACCAAGUACUCCUUCAAUGCCUUCCCCGCAGGCUUCCCCUCCAGUUUCAUCACCCCCGCCUGCGGAGCAGAACUCUCCAUCAGUAAGCCCAUCUUCACCCCCUUCGCCUGAAGCACCAUCAUCAAUGCCUGCAUCUCCUUCUUCCUCCUCAUCACCGGCACCAGGAAGCCCAUCUUCACCCACUGCGCCAGCAGGAAACGCUCCGGCCUCACCCUCCGACGGCAGUGCUGCUUUUGUUCAUGGAAGCAGCAUGGCCUUGUUGGUAGCAUUGUUUGGAGGGUUUGCACUCCUUGUUUGAUGACAUGCAUGUUCUGGCUCAUUAUUGUACGUUUAGAAUCAUUGUUUGUAGAUUGUGUAUUCUUUUUAUUUUUAUUUUUUUGUUCCCCUUUUCUGUGUGUUUUUUCUCAUGAAUAUUGAUACUUGGUAGCUGUUCCAUUUGUGAUUUUGUGAAGGGAGGAGUUGGAUUUGGAGAUAUAUCUCAUAUUAUCUUAGUAUUUGUACUUAUCA